AUCGCGUUCUUUUUAUAUAAGCAUGGCGUAGUAAACAGAGGACAGACGUAUCACUUUAUGUCGUCUGCUUCCUCUUUAAUACUGAUCUAAUUUAUUUAUAAUCUGUAAUAAUAAUUUAAUUUUUAUUUUUAUCAUUAUCAUCGGAAAAUAAUAUAAUUUAUAUAUUUCAACGUAUUAUAUAAAAGUAUCAUGGUUAUUAAUAAGACUGAAACUCAAUCAAUUGAUAUCUUAGAUACAAUUGAGCAAAAGUUGAAAAAGAUUGGCUGCCUUGAAUUACAUUAUCAAGUUCAGGAAUGUAUAGCUGAAACACGAGAUUGGAGAAAAUGUCAGGAUCAUGUAAAAAGGUUUAGAGUGUGUAUGGAAGAGCAUCAACAAAAGCAAGAAUAAAUUUUAAAUACAAUUAAUUAAAUAGAAUUUUCUAAAUAUGUUAUCUAUAUUAAAACAAAUAAUGCCAAUUUUUCUACGUACAUCUUCGAUUGAAAAUUGUAAAAUGGUAAUUAUAGUGAGAACUGAUAUAGUUAUGGGAAAAGGAAAAAUAGCUGCACAAUGUGCUCAUGCGGCAUUAGAGUGUUAUAGAAAGGCAACAGCUAAUCCAAAAAAACAUUAUAUGUUUAAAGAUUGG